AUAAACUGCUUCUGUUCUGCAAUCAGCAACGGACAGGUGACUCGUUUAAGCCUCGCUAAGUCGUUUCAACAAUGCCACCCAGUCCUAAUUUCUAUGCACGGUGAAUCUUUUUGUGUUUUUUCCCCCAAUUUUCCCUUUGCCGUCGGCCGAGAUGGUGCUGUAUGUCAUUUUUACCAACCCGAUACAAACGAAAUACAAAACUUCCAUCUGCUCCAAAGCAACGUUCAUUAUUAUUUUUAUAAAUUUUUUAAUAUUCGCCGUCCCGUUGUUGAUCGCUUACAGAACUCACGGAUUCUGGAUCAAGUCUGAUGUCUACAGGGAACAGCCCGAUGUCCAUUUUAUGUAUGAAUAUUUGAUCAUGCUUGAAACUGAAAAAGCUGACUGCCCAGUCAUCUGCACGACUUUCAACGCCUUAUCCCAAGCAACAGAAUCAUUCAAUAAAUGUUCUGUCAUAAAGGUGAGAGAAGUAGACAACAAUAAGGAUGGGAAAAACGAAAAACUCUUUUUCGAGGCAGAAGCACUCCUGGAACCAGUUGAAAAUGUAUUCUCUGUAACACUCAUUCUCGUCUUAAACUAUAAAUUAUAUAGUUACAGUUGGUUGGAAAUGCAGACCCUUGCUUGGAUUGAAGCGACUUCAGGGGUUGGUGGGAGUCAACUGUCGAUAAACGGAGAUCUCAGGCUGCACCAGAGACAGCUUCUCAGUAAUAAAGGAAAGGAUUUCCGUUACAAUACAUCAAUCGUAUCUGCAAAUUACACCCACGAAUUUGAUCUGUUCGACUUUCUGUCCAGUUAUGCCGAACGGAAUAUCACGACAAAAGUCGACAAUGUCUACACGGUAUGGAAGAGGGGUCGUGAUCCAGAGAUGCCUUUUCAGAUUUCGCUGAUACUGACGUAUCCAGAAGACAACGUCCAGUAUCGCCCUGGGACCUGGCACGUACUGAAACUGGCCUGGGUUCAAUAUUUCGCUCUUUUGUACAUUUCAGUUCUGAUUGGACGAAGGGUGAAACAUUUCAUUUUGGAUUAUAGAUUAGUUCACAACAUUAGAUAUGAACCUUGGAAAAAGGCCCUGUAGAAUUUAGCACCUUCAUACAAGGUUUUUUGUCUAAUAUUUAUGUUACAAUUUUUUUUUAAAUAGUAGUAAAAGUAACAAAAAUAACUUUUUUUUUUUUUAAAAGAAAUCUUAGAUUUUUAUUAAGAGUAGACUUAAACAUCAAUGCAUUUUGAUGAUAUCUUUAAGUAAAAAUCUACCUAAUCUAGGUAUGAACUGUUCAUGUAUGCUCAAGACGAUUGGAAUUUGCCAUGUAAGACUGAAAAAAUGUAUUAUCUAAGAGAUAUUCAUUCUGAUGACUUAUCUUUCAACUUUGUGUUCUUUGAUUGUAUAUUUGUGUUUUCAAGAAUUUCCCACUUUUAUAAACAUUUAAAAAUCCUCAUAUUAUGAUGACUGUAUGUAGUCGAUUUUCCUUAUUAAGGGUUUAUGAGUGUAAUUAAUACCAUAAUUGUACAAAUAGUUGUGUUUAGUGAAAUGAGUAGUUCAGAUUCAAUUAAUUUGUGGUAACACUCAAAAAUAAAUGUAAC